UCCUACUGGCUAAAAUCUCCAUAAUUCCAACGGAGACAAAAGCCUCAGACCCUGAGCUCGCCGCAACUCCCGACGUCUCUUAAACCGAUCUUUUCUUUCUUGUCUGCCAUUAAAAACCCCAACAUAAAUAUAUGGAGAAAUAAUUCCCUUCAUCCUCAGUCCACGCUACUCAUCGCUUCACUCUUCUCUGCAUCCUCUUCUGCAAAGUAAGCUCUAUCCUCAAUCUCCUGAUCUGAGACUGUUUCUUCGCGCUGAGCUCUUACUUCCUUCUCAGCCACUCCCAUUUCUUGUUGGGCUUCACCAUCAAACAGAAUCUCAUUCAAAUCUCUUCAAACACUGAAAUGGGCUGAUCUGCUCUGCUAAAAAGUCGAUCUCUUGUUAACUUCUUUUACCAUAACCGGUUCUUCCAUACGGUUAGCUUCCCCUGUUACUUUGUUUUCCACCUGGGUUGGGCCAUCUCUGUUCCAGGUCUUGGAUUUUAAAAGAAAACCAGCUGUCUCAGCUCUUCCAGCUUCCUUUCGUACCUUAAAGGUGCCAACUUUUUCAGUUAAUCGUACUCCCCUCUUCUGUUCUCCCUCUCUCUGUUCCCCUGCUCUGUUUCACCGAAACAGUUUAUAGCCCAGCUCUUCGUCUCCACUUCCAAGCCUUAAGAAACAUCAACCUUCUCCCAAAAUGAUAACAGCGGCUGACUUCUAUCAUGUCCUCACCGCUGUUGUUCCUCUUUAUGUCGCCAUGAUCCUUGCCUACGGCUCCGUCAAGUGGUGGAAGAUCUUCUCUCCAGAUCAGUGCUCCGGCAUCAAUCGCUUCGUCGCUCUCUUCGCAGUUCCGCUCCUCUCCUUCCACUUCAUAUCGACCAACAACCCUUACGCCAUGAACUACCGCUUCAUCGCUGCUGACACUCUGCAGAAACUCAUCGUCCUCAGUGCUCUCACUUUCUGGGCUAAUCUCAGUCACCGAGGCUGCCUUGAGUGGGCAAUCACUCUCUUCUCCCUCUCUACUCUCCCCAACACUCUGGUCAUGGGCAUUCCGCUUCUCAAAGGAAUGUACGGCCCGGACUCCGGAAGUCUAAUGGUUCAGAUUGUCGUUCUCCAGUGCAUUAUUUGGUACACUCUCAUGCUUUUCCUGUUUGAGUACAGGGGAGCUCGGCUUCUCAUCGCCGAGCAGUUCCCUGACACAGCCGGAUCCAUUAUCUCCUUCCGCGUUGACUCUGACAUUAUAUCGUUAGAUGGGAAAGAGCCGCUUCAGACCGAGGCUGAGGUUGGAGAAGACGGUAAGCUCCAUGUAACAGUUCGCAAGUCAACGAGCUCGCGCUCUGAGAUCUUUUCCCGUCGCUCACAUGGUAUGAACUCUGUUACUCCCCGGCCGUCUAAUCUCACAAACGCUGAGAUUUACUCCCUACAAUCUUCUCGGAAUCCAACGCCGAGGGGCUCGAGCUUCAACCACACGGAUUUUUACUCCAUGGUAAAUGGAAAGAAUUUGGCAGGAGCUAGCCCUCGGCAUUCCAAUUUCGGAAACUUGGGUUUUGAUGAAGAAACGCCAGCGACGAGGGUAAAUGGUGUGCCUGCGGCAUAUCCUCCUCCGCCGGUGAGUGGGAUAUUCUCGCCAGUUGGGGCAAGGAAGAAAGGGAAUACCUGCGAAGGAGGGAAAGACUUGCAUAUGUUUGUUUGGAGCUCAAGUGCGUCCCCGGUGUCUGAGGGCGGCAUCCAUGUCUUUCGUGGUGGAGAUUUCGCAGGCGAUCAUGCAAGAAUGGGUCAAAUGGGCGACCAUCGCCACCAAAAAGCAGAUGGCAAUGAUGCUUAUAAUGAGUAUAGCAGAGAAGAUUUCAGCUUCAGAAACCAACCAAUCGCUCAAGGCGUCGAUCCAUUAGAGCGAGAUGCUCCAAGCUUGUCAAAGUUGGGAUCAAACUCCACCGCAGAGCUGCACCCAAAGACUGGACCUGGCGGGGACUUGAAGCCUGCUGCAAUGCCACCAACCAGUGUGAUGACCAGGUUAAUUCUGAUAAUGGUAUGGAGGAAACUCAUAAGGAAUCCCAAUACCUACUCCAGUCUCUUUGGUCUCACUUGGUCCUUGGUUUCCUUCAGGUGGGAGAUUGAGAUGCCAGCCAUCAUUGCCCGAUCUAUAUCGAUACUCUCUGAUGCAGGGCUUGGAAUGGCAAUGUUUAGCCUUGGAUUGUUCAUGGCUUUGCAGCCAAGGAUUAUUGCAUGCGGAAAUGGUAUUGCUUCAUUUGCCAUGGCUGUUCGGUUUGUGACCGGGCCUGCAGUGAUGGCAGCAGCCUCUAUUGCUGUUGGGCUUAGAGGAGUUCUCCUGCAUGUAGCUAUAGUGCAGGCUGCUCUUCCACAGGGGAUUGUUCCUUUUGUCUUUGCAAAGGAGUACAAUGUGCAUCCUGACAUCCUGAGCACAGGUGUUAUAUUUGGUAUGCUUAUUGCUCUACCUAUCACACUGAUCUACUACAUAUUACUGGGGCUCUGAAGCAGAAGAAAUCUGUGUUAUUGAAGAUGAAAUCCAAUCCUCAUAAGAUCUACUUUUUGAUUUUAUUUUGUAUUUUUUUAUUAUCUUCCAUGUAGAAGUUUUUUUUUUUUUUUUUAACUGAUCUGACUGAAGUAGGUUGAGUUGUAACUCUGUUUCUGAUAACUUCAGCAUAGCUGUGGAACUGGCUAGUUGUAAGACCUUAUUGUUGUCAAUUGAAACGGUGGCCUCAAAGGGCUUGCGUUUA